GUCGUAUAUCUCGCAUCCCUGCUCCUCCCACCAUCUGCCAGCUGCCAGCAGUUCUCACCUGGCUUCCCAACAUGGCGGCCAACUGGCACAUACCGACGUGGAUACAAGGCUCCCAGGUCGUCUUGGACAAACCAACUUUCGCAUCGCACUCGAUGUACAUGGGCAUUAAUAUGGUGAACGAGGAUCACGAAACCUGGAACGAAAGCCUCGCAUAUCCGGCUGGCGCAGCCAUACUGUCCGCGGCGCUGUUCUCCCUCCAGCUGAUAUCGCGUGCCCCACCUGUCCAACGGUUGUACGCAAAGCUGACUGGGGCAGAGGCGUCUGCGAAGCAGGGCGAGGACGUUGAAGCUGCUGGGAACUCUGGAGAGCGUCCAUCACAUAUCACUCAACUGGGCGGACCGGUUAUCUUUGCUUUCAAGGUUUCUCGCCUUCUUUCCUCUGUGGCACUUCUUGCGCUCUCUAUCACCAGCCUCGCAAUCAACGGUGAUGAAGACGACGACGAGUAUUUCCAUGACUCCCGCUGGGUGGCUUUCGGACUCAUUGGUGCAUACGUUUACGCGUCUCUAUUGGCAUUUGUAUCCGUCAUUUCCAGCUCCAGCUUGAGCAGGCUUGCGUCCAACCAUGCCGCAUUUGUGCUUCUUGUCACCUGGGGCGUUUACUUCUAUCGGGAUGCUUGGCCGCUAGCAACGGUCACCUUACAGCCCAGGGACGCUGCUGAGGGCCUCUUUCUCUGGCUCAAAUUCGCUGUCCUUACUGUGGCUGCUAUUGUUGUUCCGAUAUUCUCUCCUCGUGCAUACACUCCCGUUGACCCUAAGGACCCCAUGCCCGAGCCGAACCCCGAGCAGACGGCUUCGGUAUUCUCCAUGUCGAUAUACACGUUCUUGGACGGCAUCAUCUUCAAGGCUUACCGGAUGCCUCAUCUUCCUUGGGAGGAACUUCCCCCACUGGCCGACUACGACUAUGCCAAGAACCUCGUAAACCGGAGCUUUCCGCAUCUCGACCCGUUCAGGGUGUUCAAGAAGCAUCACAUCUUCUUCGGCAUCAUGAAAGUUUUCCGUGCGGAAUACAUGCUGUUGGCUGUCCUGAUGUUGAUUAGGGUGGCUUCUACAUUUGCAAGCCCCAUUGGUAUAUAUCGGCUGUUGCAAUUCUUGGAGACUGGCAAGGACAGCGACGGCGUACGCCCGUGGGUUUGGAUCAGUUGGCUUUUCCUCGGGCCCGUCUUGGGUGCAAUGGCGAUUCAGUACUACGUCUUCAACACGACUCGCAUGCUGGUUCAAACCGAGGCGAUAAUCACGCAGCUCGUGUUCGACCACUCUCUUCGCAUCCGUAUGAAGUCCGAGACGUCCUCGUCGCCCUCUACGAGUCGUGCGUCCACUGCGGUGCACACGCCGGACAACGCAUCUAUAGCCGAGGUUACGGAUGCUGAGCAGGGGUCCCCUUCGAGGUCGAACGAGAACGGAAGCGAGGAUGAGACGGUACAUGCUAGCUCUGCAAGCACUACGUCCGCUACCGCCACCAAGAAGGGCUCCGAUACCAAGAAAACGGAAGAGAAGCUCGCCACAGCCGGGAGCGGAGCUCCAGCUGGUAACCUGAUCGGUCGGAUUAAUAACCUGGUCACGACCGAUUUGAACAACCUUGUGGAUGGUCGUGACUUCUUGUUCAUCGUGUUGUAUGCGCCAGUUCAGAUCAUAGUCUCAAUCGUCUUCCUAUAUGUGAUUUUGGGAUGGAGCGCGUUCGUCGGAAUGGCGGCGAUGUUGCUUCUUUUCCCGAUUCCGGGCUACGUCGCGUCCAUGAUCCAGGGCGUUCAGACGGAGAAAAUGAAAAAGACCGACGCACGUGUGCAGGAUGUUACCGAAACUAUGAACGUGAUUCGCAUGAUCAAGCUCUUUGGAUGGGAGCCGAAGGUCGCCGAUCAGUUGGCCGGCAAGCGCGAAGACGAGCUCAAAUAUAUCUGGAAAUACAAAGUUCUCGAGCUGGUCAACGGCAACAUCAACUAUGCCAUCCCCAUCGUCACCAUGGUUGCCACCUUCGUUACAUACACGGUCUUUAUGGGCAGGGAGCUUACUGCCUCUCGCGUCUUCUCCUCCAUGUCGGUCUUUGAUGUCCUCCGAGACCAGCUGCACACUGUGUUCUCUUUGGUCCCAAGCAUGAUCCAAGCCAAGGUGUCCCUGGACCGUAUCACAGAGUUCCUCCACGAGACCGAGCUGCUUGACGAAUUCGCUGACAAGGACGCGGAGUCGUCCGAGCUGGUCAUUCCCCCGCGUACCGUUGAGAGCGACGUAAUCGGAAUCCGCCAGGCAGCGUUCACUUGGUCGAACACGAACGACGGCUCGGUCACUCCUGGACCGAGCCGCCGCAACUUCACGCUCAGGAUUGAGGAAGAGGUGAUCUUCAAGCGCGGCAAGAUUAACAUGAUUGUUGGCCCAACCGGCUCUGGGAAGACGUCUCUUCUCAUGGCGUUGCUUGGCGAGUUGCAUUACAUCCCGGCCGGCCCAGAUUCUUUCGUUAGCCUUCCGCGCGCUGGCGGUGUUGCGUACGCUGCGCAGGAAUCUUGGGUGCAGAACGAGACUAUCCGGGACAACAUCCUCUUCGGCGCGCCUUACGACGAGGACCGCUACAACAAGGUCAUCUCGCAGUGCGCUUUGAAGCGCGACCUGAGUCUGUUCGAUGCCGGAGAUGCGACUGAGGUCGGUGAGAAGGGCCUUACGCUCAGCGGCGGUCAGAAGGCACGUAUCACUUUAGCUCGCGCGGUCUACUCGUCUGCGGAGAUCCUGCUGCUCGACGAUGUCCUCGCGGCACUCGAUGUGCACACCGCGCGCUGGAUUGUGGACAACUGCUUCAAGGGCGAGCUGCUUCGCGGACGCACUGUCUUGCUAGUGACCCACAACGUCGCAAUGGCAAGCCCGAUCGCGGAGUACGUGGUGUCUCUUGGCACCGACGGUCGUAUUACGAGUCAGGGCACGCUGUCGAAGGUUCUUGCCAAAGACAAGAAGCUCCUUGAAGAACUUGCAGAGGAACGCGAAGAGCUCAAGAAAGCUAGCAAUGAGGUCGAUCCUGUGGCAGUCGACGAAGAAGCUGCGCCUCCCAAAACCGAUGGCAAACUGGUUGUCGCAGAGGAAAUCGCUGAAGGGCACAUCAGCUGGCCAGCAUUGAGGCUCUACUUGUUCAGCAUGGGUGGCGCACAUUCGUUCCUGUUCUGGCUCGCCGUCGUUGGGUUCCUGGUCAUCUGCGAGUUCAUGGGCGUCUUCCAGACGUACUGGCUGGGCUACUGGGCUCAGCAGUAUGAGGACCACGAUCAAGCUGAGGUCAAGGUAUUCUUUUACCUGGCCGUCUACAUCACUCUGCUGGUCGUCGCCAUCACGGUCUACUGCUCGAGUUUCCUCGUGUAUCUCUUCGGUUCCCUGCGCGCGUCUCGCUUCAUUCACAACACCCUGGUGAAGUCGGUCCUUAGCUCCACUCUGCGCUGGCUCGACAAGACUCCUACGUCGCGCAUCAUCACUCGCUGCACCCAGGACAUUCAGUGCAUCGAUGGCCCGCUCGCGAACCACCUCGGCUGGGUCAUUGAGUUGAGCGUCUCGAUGAUCAUGAAGUUCCUGGCCGUCAUUUCAUUCUCGCCCAUCUUCACCAUUCCCGGCGCGAUUGUCGCCGCUCUUGGUGGUUGGUGUGGUCAGAUCUACAUGAAGGCACAGCUGUCGGUCAAGCGCGAGAUGAGCAACGCUCGUGCGCCUGUGUUGGGCCACUUCGGCGCCGCCAUUGCUGGGCUGACCUCCAUCCGUGCUUAUGGCGCACAGGACCAGUUCAGGAAGGAGUCGUACCGUAGGAUCGACAGAUACGUCCGUGCCGGGAGGACCUUCUAUAACUUGAACAGAUGGGUGUCGAUCCGUAUUGAAUCGCUCGGUGCUCUGUUCGCCGCGUGUCUCGCUGCGUACCUAGUCUACGGCAGCCACGCCAGAGCAGCAAGCACCGGUUUCUCGCUGAACAUGGCUGCAUAUGCCACAGUCGGCUUUAGCGCGAUGAUCCUCUGGUGGAUUCGUAUCUUGAACGAGUUCGAAGUCAAUGGCAACAGCUUGGAGCGUAUCCAGCAGUACGUCACGAUUGAACAGGAACCGAAGUCGACUGUCGACGGUGUUCCCCCUGCCUACUGGCCUGCCAGCGGUUCAAUGAGGGUGGAAAAGCUGUCCGCUCGGUACACUCCAGAUGGUCCGCGGGUCCUGCACGAAAUCUCGUUCGAAGUCAAGGCAGGCGAGCGCGUUGGUAUCGUCGGCCGCACCGGUAGUGGCAAGAGCUCCUUGACUCUGGCUCUCUUGCGUCUGAUCUUCACCGAGGGCAAGGUCUACUACGAUGGCAUCGCGACGGACUCCAUCAACCUUGAUGCUCUUCGCUCCAACAUUACUAUCAUCCCGCAAGUGCCUGAGCUGCUCAGCGGUACCCUGAGGCAGAACCUGGACCCCUUCACUCAGUAUGAUGAUGCGGUCUUGAACGAUGCUCUGCGUGCCGCAGGAUUGUUCUCGCUGCAGGAUGAGAGCGACGAAGGCCGUAUCACUCUUGAUUCCCCCAUUUCGAGUGGUGGUAGCAACCUGUCGGUUGGCCAACGCCAAAUCCUUGCCCUGGCAAGAGCAAUUGUCCGACAAAGCAAGCUGCUCAUCCUGGAUGAAGCCACCUCCGCGAUCGACUAUGAAACAGAUACCAUCAUCCAAAACUCACUCCGCAAAGAGCUAGGCUCGGAUGUUACAAUCUUGACGAUCGCACAUCGCCUGCAGACAAUCAUGGAUGCGGACAAAAUUCUGGUGCUCGACGCCGGUCACAUCGCCGAGUUCGGAUCCCCGAGCGAGCUCCUCAAGAACGAGAAGGGCAUGCUCCGCGGACUGGUAGACGAAAGCGGCGACAAAGACGCGCUAUAUGCGAUGGCGAGCGCCGCCGCUCCCUCGGUCUAGCCUCCAAUCAGUACGCAGUAGCUAGAGUUUCUAGUACGAUUUCCGUGUUCCCACCAGAAGCGCCAACAGCGGGACGAGACGUAGAGCACGGACAGUAUCACCAGCAACGAUUGUUCCUAUCGGAUGUAUAUCAUACGCAAUAGAUUCGCUGUCUC